UAAAAACACUGUGCAUUAAUGAAAACAUUCAGUGGCAUCUAAUUUGCAAAAAAUGAAAUUCGCCAUUGUCUUUGUAGCCUGUUGCCUUCUUGGCGCAUUUGUUGCUGCAGAAGAAGAGCAUGAAUUCAUUGACUGGCACCACCUCAAACCUUUGAACCUCCACGUAGAGCCCAUUGGACCAGUUCCAGAAUCCACUGGAACCAGAAUCAUCGGUGGAUCCGUUGCCCCUCGCAAUGCUUUUCCUUACCAAGUGGCCUUAAUCAUCAACAACAGCGGUUUUUGCGGUGGUUCCAUCAUUAGCAGAAAUUGGAUAUUGACUGCUGCUCAUUGUGUUGACACUGGUACCCGAUUCCAAGUCAUUGCUGGUGCUCAUAACCCUUCCACUAAUGAACCAUCUCAAGUGAGAAUGGCUGCCAAAUCUCGCGUUGUUCACUCUGAAUGGAACCGUUCUCGUCUACAAAACGACAUUGCAGUUCUUGAGGUUCCCAACAUUCCAAUCGGAAAGCCGGGAAUUGAUAGCAUCAGGUUGGCUCCAUCUAAUGCUGGCACUUAUGCUGGAUCCAAAUCUGUACUUUCUGGAUGGGGUAGAACCAGUGACGCAAGUACUUCUAUAGCAUCUAAAUUGCAAUACGUCCAUUUGUCAAUUAUCACCAAUCGGGUUUGCCAGAACUCUUUCGGUUUGAACGUAAGAACCACAAACAUUUGCACUUCUGGAGUUGGUCGAGUGGGUGCGUGCAAUGGUGACUCUGGCGGCCCGUUGGUAGUUGAUGGUGUCGAAGUUGGAGUGGUUUCUUUCGGCAAUGGAAAUUGCGAGCGUGGAUCUCCUACCGUAUACGCUAGAGUUUCGUCCUACAGAGCCUGGAUUAAACAAAAUACUGGAGUAUGAUUAUUGAACAAGGAUGUUACUUUCAUUGAUAUCUAAAUAAAUAAUUUGCAAAAAUGUUUUCAUGUUUUUCAAUAUGCAUACCCAAAAAUCAUUAAUGCUCAAAAUACCUACUAAAACGACAAAGAAGAAAGUAUAAUAAAUUCGAUUACAAACCAA